AUGGCUCCAUCCGCUCAGCCCGUCGUUUCCGCUCCUUCACAGCCUGCAAUCCUCACAGAAACCGGUGAGGUCCUCAGCUCCACCGGCCAAUCCUCCACCGGUGGUUAUGGUUAUCGUGGUUACGACCACAUCCUCUGGUGGGUCGGCAAUGCCAAACAAGCAGCAUCUUUCUACGUUACCCGUAUGGGCUUCAAGCACCUCGCCUACAGCGGCCUCGAAACCGGUUCUCGAGUCUUUGCUUCCCACGUCGUCUCCAACGGGGGCGUGAAAUUCGUCUUGGUUUCCCCACUCCGACCAAGGGAAAUCAGAAAUGCAACCGAUGAGGACAAGAAAUUACUAAAGGAGAUGCAUGAUCACCUUGAGAAGCACGGUGAUGCCGUCAAGGAUGUCUCGUUCGAAGUCGAUGAUGUCUACGCCGUUUACAACCAGGCCGUUAAGAACGGUGCCAUCCCCGUCACACCACCAAAGAGAACAGAGGAUACCGAGUUCGGAAGCGUUGUCACUGCUACUAUCCAGACAUACGGCGAGACUACACAUACUUUAAUCGAUCGAAGCAGCUAUACUGGAAGCUUCAUGCCCGGAUAUCGAGCCUCGACUGUGGAGGAUCCACUAUCCGGUCUCCUUCCCGGCAUUGAAUUGGAAGCUAUCGAUCAUUGUGUCGGCAACCAAGAUUGGGAUCAGAUGAACAAAGUCUGCGAAUACUACGAGAAGUGUCUCGGCUUCCACCGCUUCUGGUCCGUCGAUGACAAGGAUAUCUGCACCGAUUACUCAGCCCUUCGAUCCGUCGUCAUGGCUUCCCCCAACGAGCUCGUCAAAAUGCCAGUCAAUGAACCCGCUCCUGGAAAGAAGAAGUCUCAGAUCGAAGAAUACGUAGACUUCUACAACGGUCCUGGUAUUCAACAUAUCGCCCUCCGUACUAAGAGCGUGAUCGAUACCGUCACGGCUAUGAAAAACCGUGGUAUUGAGUUCAUCUCCGUUCCAGAGACAUACUACGCUGCUAUGAAAGAGAGACUUGCCAAGCAGGGAAUGAAGCUUGAGGAAGACUUUGAGACCCUUAGGAGGUUGAAUAUUUUGAUUGACUUCGACGAGGGUGGAUAUCUUUUGCAACUGUUCACGAAGCCAUUGAUGGAUAGACCCACCGUUUUCAUUGAGAUUAUCCAGAGGAAUAACUUUGGUGGAUUCGGAGCAGGCAACUUUAGAUCGUUGUUUGAGGCUAUUGAAAGAGAACAGGCGGAGCGAGGAAACCUGUAA